UGGUGAUGCUGCAGCGAGGCGGGCGGGAGGAAAAAACGAGAGAGGAGGGGAGGGGUCGCUCCAUCCCCUCGCGCCCACCGAAUCCAUUUCUCACAGCGCGCGGGGCUGCUGGCGGGAAGGCACGAGCAAGAGAGAGACAGAGAGAGAGAGCGAGAGAGAGAGUGCGUGUCUGUGUGUGCGCGUGGAUUGCACCACCGCAUCCCCGUUCACCGCUUUUUUUUCUGCAGGCGGCCAUGCUCUGAUGGAGAGAAUAAACCUGACAACCUUCUCUUCUCCCCCAGAUUUAGCCGCCGUGUAACCCCCCACCCUCGGCCCUCCACCCCAAAGUCGUCGUCGUUCCAGAUGUGACUGACAGGUCGUUUUAUGUCGCCCGCGUCGAGUACUGCCGUGCCGUUCACCUCGGAGAGACUGUGACACCAUGGCUUUGGUUAUGGAACCUAUAAGUAAAUGGACACCAAAGCAAGUGCUGGACUGGAUGAAAGGUCUGGAUGACUGUCUCCAGCAGUACGUGAAGAGCUUUGAGCGGGAGCAGAUGGGAGGAGAGCAGCUGCUGCACAUCACCCAUCAGGAGCUGGAGGAGCUGGGUGUCACCAGAAUAGGACAUCAGGAGCUCAUCCUGGAAGCUGUCGACCUCCUCUGUGCCCUGAACUAUGGCCUAGAGACGGAGAACCUCCGAACUCUUUCCCACAAGCUGAACGCCUCAGCAAAGAACCUCCAGAACUUCAUCCUGGGCCGGCGGAGGGGCGGACACUACGAUGGACGAGCUUCCCGACGGCUACCCAACGAUUUCCUCACUUCGGUGGUGGAUCUAAUUGGUGCAGCCAAGAACCUGCUGGCCUGGCUCGACAGGUCUCCAUUUGCCAGUGUGACAGAGUAUUCAUUGCUGAAGAACAACAUCGUGCAGCUCUGCCUAGAAUUAACCACCAUUGUACAACAGGAUUGCACUGUGUAUGAGACAGAGAAUAAGAUUCUUCACGUGUGUAAGACCUUAGCAGGGAUAUGCGACCACAUCAUCUCUCUGUCGUCAGACUCUCUGGUCUCUCAAUCUGCCCAUCUGGAGGUGGUCCAUCUUACCAGCAUCAUGCCCAGUGAAGGGCUGGGGAUGUAUAUCAAAUCAACAUAUGAUGGACUUCAUGUUAUUACCGGAACAACAGAGAAUUCUCCAGCAGAUCAGUGUAAGAAGAUCCAUGCAGGGGAUGAGGUGAUCCAAGUCAACCACCAGACAGUGGUGGGCUGGCAGCUGAAGAACCUGGUGAAUGCUCUGAGAGAGGACCCAUGCGGAGUCAUCCUCACGCUGAAGAAAAGGCCCCAGAACACCCUGAGCUCCACGCCGGCUCUGCUCAGGAACGUCCGCUGGAAACCGCUGGGCCUGCAGCCGGUUCCCACCAGUCCCACCAGCACCUCCCCAACACCUGGAGGAACUUUGGGCAUGUCCAAGAUGGACGCCCCCAGCAUGCAGGACGUCUACAUCCUGUCUCCUGUCUCUGGACUCUACAGCACCAGGGAGGAAAUGGGUCUGAUGUCAUGUGACGACAUCAGCCGCUACAGCUCCCAGUCCGGCUCCAAAGGUUCAGAAGCAGUCAGCUACUACCUGGACCAGGACAGCGGUCAGUACUUCUCCCUGCUGGAGGGUGAAGGACCGCCGGGGCCCGACUACGACAGGAGCCGCAACACCGGGGUUCGCCGACGGGACAAGACCCCCACCCAUGGUGACCUCAGACCCGUUUCCAUGCCUCCCGAAUAUAACUGGAUGGCCGAGGCCAAGGAACCCAGCAUGGGCAAGAGAGGGAGCCGAGAUUCAGACAACUCCCUGCUGCGUUACCUUAGUGACGACAAGAUCCUGGUGAUCGAGGAGGAGCCCGAGGGUCCGAGCAGAGAAAGCCGGAGGGAUUCCACGAGACGCUCUCGGCGCAAGAGCCGCAAUCCCAGCAGCCCCAGCUUUCCCAUCAGCCCCUCCAUGCUGUCCUCCACGCUGCGCCUCGACCAGCCACCUGAACCUUUGCCUCGAGGUGCAGACACACUGCGAGCAGACACAACGGACAGGUACUCGGGCUCAGGAAGCUCAGGAGCUGCCUCCAUGAGGAAGUCUUUCCAUUACACCUCUCUAAGAACGAAAACCAAAAAGAGAAGUAAAGGUUCCCUCACUAGUGCCAGUCGAAGGAGAAUCUCCUGUAAGGAUCUGGGUCACGGCGACUGUGAGGGCUGGCUGUGGAAGAAGAAGGAUGCUAAAGGCUACUUCACCCAAAAAUGGAGGAAAUAUUGGUUUAUCCUCAAAGAGUCUUGCCUCUACUGGUAUACCAACCAAAAUGAUGAGAAGGCUGAGGGCUUCAUCAGCCUCCCCGAGUUCAGAAUAGACCGAGCCAUAGAGUGCAGACGGAAAUUUGCCUUCAAAGCCUGUCAUCCCAAAAUCAAGAGCUUCUUCUUCGCCACAGAUUGUCUGGAGGAAAUGAACAGGUGGAUGAACCGGCUGGGUCUAGCUGCUAUUGGCUAUACACCGGACGAUAAGGUGCCACGCCCCGAUGAAGACUACUGGAGCGAGAGCGAUCAAGACGAGGUCGACGGCUCAAUGACACUCAAGCAGGAAGGACCCUCAUCCCUCUGUGACACCUACCAUCGCACACCAUCAGCCAACUUCCUCCACAGUUAUGACCAGUUGCCCCGCUCAGUGAGCUCCAUGAGCCUCAUGCGCUCCACUCCGUCCCCACUCCCUCCCCCGAUGAGUGCCUCCACCUCCCCCAUUCCUCCACAGAUGGUCUCUUCCACCUCCCCUCUCCCUCCCCAGGUGAACUCUUCUAGCCCCUUCCCGGAGCCAAAGCACGGUCGACAUUUCUCCAGCGAGUCCACGCACUCCCACUCCUCGGCCGAGGACCAGCGUGGAGAUGGCAUGGGCAUGGGCACGGGCAGCACCAGCACCCAUUCAUCUGGCUGCCGCUCCUCCCAUCGUGAGCGCCGCUCCUGGCAGGACCUCAUCGAGACCCCUCUGACCAGCGCCGGGCUGCACUUCCUCCAGACGGCGCCCGGGGAGAGCGACUACGGCCUAAUGGGGAGCAUGGCCGGAGAGAUGGGCUUCUACGGAGGGCUGGGCAGGCAGGGCAUGUCCCCGGAGAGACGCCGGCAGGCCACGCUGCCCGUCCGGAGACACCACGCCGCCGAGAGGGACCGGGACCGGGACGGGCCCUUCCCUCUGGAGAGAGGACCGCACACGCACAGCCACACGCACCGACGCUCCCACAAGCAGCGGAGCCAGAGUCUGCCCAGGAACAGAGACCCGAUGCUGGGGAAGCUGCUGCACUCCUCCGCCCAUAUGGAGGAGAGGAGUGAAGACGAGGAGGCAGAGGGGCAGGCUGCAGAGAUGCUCGAGGACCUGCGGGAGUUGAGAGUUGAGUCCAGAGAGAGGAGGGUGUCGGAGGGAAGAGAGCGACGGAUAUCGGAGGGCCGAGAGCAGGAGUCGCUGGAUGGGCUGGAGCAGCUGUAUCGGGCCCUGGAGCAGGCCAACGUGACGGCCCUCGGAGAACCCAGACCCUGUAGCAGGCAGGAGCUCCGGCGCUGUUUCACCCAGAGAGCCAGAGACCCUCUGCUCAACGACAGGCUGCACCGGGUCCGAGCCCUCCGCAGCACCUUGAAGGCCAAAGAGUCGGAGCUGGCGGUGAUCUGUGCCCUCCUGGAGGACCCUGGCUUGUGCUCCCAGACCUUCAGAGAGUGGAAGCAGUGGCACAGCGAGCUCUACUCAGACAUCUGCCAGCUCAGCCCCGGCACCAACGGCCAGGACGACCUCUCCCCGCUGGCUGCACCUCUCAUGACCCACACACACUCCUUCAUCGAGACACACGUGUGAGAAAGUCAAGCAAAGACUGAACAGACACUCACUGACACAAACACACACUUUACAUUAGCUAAAGCCCUGAUCACGACUCUGAGCACGCACUCACACAAACACACACACACAGACACACACAGGAACACACAUUGUAAGAUGUGUAAAUAUCAUAGAGGGAACAGUCUGAGACUUGCGUGUAUGAACUUUUGAUAAUCCUGAGGACCCCGCAGGGUGCCUAUUGCAUGCCUGAACAGAAAGCAUUAAUCUUCCUUUGUCUAUGGAACUCAGCAUAAACUCCACACGCUUGUCAAGAAAAACGGGGGGAAAAAAAGGAGACUUUUUAACACACGUUCGUUCCUUUGUAUUCUCUCGGUUUUGCUAUUUUUCGUUGAUUUUAGGGGGCAGGGGGAGCUAUGUAGCAGCAAUACAGAGGAGAAUCCUUUUCACCACAGCACUGUACUUUUGUACUGAUGAACUUUGCACCCAGAGCCACCAGUUCUCCCCCUUUCUCUCUGUGUUUUUUUUUUGUUUGUUUGUUUUCUCUCAUUGCAUAUCCUGAUUUACAGGGACCUCACUGUUACUGCAGGCUGAUCUCACUGGAAAGGUGUGUGUGUGUGUGUGUGUCGGGAGGGGGGGAGUGUAAGGGCAGUGACUUUGGUGUAAGACUGUGAGAGGUAGCCAUCGAUGCUGGUUUAUCUGUUUCUCUGGGAACCCAUGAAAACACGAGCAUCGAGAACCCACCGUGCCGGCCAGAUGCGCACGAUUUCAAACUGUGAAGUGUUCAGAAAUCCCCACUUUUAUCUGCAGAAGAAGGCUUCUCUGAUAGAGCGCAGUUCGACAAUUCAGUUUGCUUCUCUCUCUUCAUCCCCUCCUUCUCUUAAUUUUUUCCCUUCUCUCUCUCUCUCUAGUCCUCAAAGACUUGUGUAUAUGUGUAUACUGCUGUGUAUACUGAUGUAAAUGUUUGCGUUCCACUACCACUGUGAUAUGCUUGUAGAGGUAGCGGAGGGAAGACAGAGAGUAUGUAUUUGUGUGGGUACAAAACACUUUUUUUUGUUUUUGGUUUUUUUUUUUUUUUCUUUUAUUCCUUAAACAGCGAAUGCAAGAGCUAGAGAGUUCUUUUCAAAAGGAGUCACUCACUACAAAGAAUGCACUUUCUAUAUCUCUAUAUCUCAUUGGCUGCAUCACAGGGUCUAUGUCUCAUCAGCCUCUUUACCAUUGCUGUUCAAAUAUCAGGUAAAAGCAUUUGCCGUCUCAUUUUCUAAAGAUUUGUGUACAGUCUACAAAUAUAUUUAAACAUAGAAGAAUAUAUAAAUCUAUUUACAUUUUGUGUCAUAGAUAUAAUGUAAAGUAUGAUGUAUUCUAUGCCAAGGUUUUGCAGUGUCCCCCUCUUCACUCUGUAGAUGCAGGGUGUUUAGCAGUUUGAACGACUAGGAGGCAAAACAACAACCACCAUCACUGACAGCUGAUUGACAGUUUUUACUGGUUUACAUCACGUCUCAUUGUUCUCCUGGUGAUGUGUUGCAUGAGAAAAGGCCUGGGACUGAUUUGAAUGGACAGGGUAAAAUACUGUGGAUCAUUUGUGUUCUCCUUUUUUCCGUUUUGUUCUUUUACCCUCUUCUCAUGAUUGCAAGAUAAUUAGACUUGUAGCGCAUGAUACAUGCAAAAGUACUGUUGAAGAAUGACUUUUUAUUUCUAUGUUCAUAGGUUUAAAGUCUUCUUUUUAGUGUUCGAAGACACACACUGUACAAAAACUGAGGGAGGCUUUUGUUUUUGCUACUCAGUUCUCUAAAGUAAUGCAGAUACUCCUUUAGCAUCCAAGCAGGAGAUUUCAAUUUGGUGUUUUGGUUUACAAAGAAAGACUGACACACUUCCAAAGGCUUCAGAAAUCAGAUAAGAGAGAUACUUUGAAAACAAAAGCGGUUUGAACAUUCCCUCAAAGCAUAUGGUUGAUGCUGGGCAGUCCCAGACCUCUCCGCUUAAGGGUCUGUAAUGUCUGCGAAACUCAGAUGAAUCAUUUCAUCUGCAAUAUCAGGCCAAGGACUCAACGGUGCCCCCCAGUGUCGAAGACUCUGAGAGACAUGCGUAGCACCUGCUGCAUCCAGCACUAUCUGUACUUAUUCUUCAUAUUUUACUGUAGUUCUCGUGUAGGUUCAGGUUUUCUCAUCACGUCACACUGUAGUUGAAAUAUCAAACACACCCCAGAAAUAUAGCUCGUGUUUUUUUGACUGGUUAAUUUGAGAGUACCACAACGAAACUAAAUGAUGCAAGCACUUUCCCUGUGCCUCCCAACCCUCUCUUUUGGCAACGAAGGACUGGUUAUACUGGUGUUCCUACACACACACACAGACACACACACACACACGCAGCUGUAGAAGAGUUACAGUUACAGUUUUAGUCUGCAGACCUCUCUCCAUUUCUCAUCUUUAGUGUUGGUCUUCUUUCUCCAACUGCUGCUCCGCUGAGCAGGCGACAUACUGUAGAUUCAAAGGAGUUCUUGACAGUUUUAAUUUGUAGGCACUGACUGUGUUAUCCCUCCCAGAUAUUUGUGUGUGUAGACCUGCAGAAACAGGCCGAAAAGGGAGAUUCCACUGUGUGUUCUUUCAGGGGUGUACACCUCAUGGUACAUUGCACAGGUGUGUAAGAUGUAAGUUGCACUGCGACAUUAAAAAAGGAACAUAUUGCUCUUUUUCAAGGAUAAUAUUAGCUUACUGUUAUUCUGUACAUUAAACUGACUAAAGAUGAUAUUAAAAAAGAAAGAAAAUGACAUUUAUUCUUCCUAAAGUAGCCUUUUUUGGUUUCAUAUAUAUGAAUAUAUAUUACAAAAAAUACAGAUUGUAAACCUAAGUUGUUAAACUUUGACUUCAAUAAACUGAAUCCUCUGCACUAUGA